GCACAUCCCUCGAAUGGCGUGUAUCCCCGAACUUCGCACGCAUGUCCCUUUAUUCUCGCCCUGGUGACGAUCACGUGGUUCUUGGGGCUUCGCAUUCCUGGGUGACUUACACACCUCAUGCACGCUACUCGUUCGAACCUCCUAGCUCUCUUGUUGACUGCAGAUAGCAUCCCUGGUGGUGUAGAUUUAGUUCUGGCGCGCGAGGUGUGGAGGUGUAGGGCCUGAGGUGGGUUAGUUUGCAGGAUUUGGAUGGUCACAUUUAGCAUUUUGGUGGAAAUGUGAGAUUGGGUUAGACGAGGCAGCCUAGAGGAUAAAUCUCUUCCUUUGUGAGUCUCUUCCUCUUCGCAUGCUGCUUCAAUGAGUUUACGGAAUUCGAGGUUAGAUUUGGGGCCAGAUUGCAACAUCGUGCACUACAAUGGAAGGCGUGCUGCGCAGUGUGAGACCUCCCUGUGUCCCACCCUCGUGUGCCCGGCGGCUCUUUUCGUGCCGCGCGAUUCCUUCCAGCCGUGAAAUUUCUUCAAGACAAAGAAUCACAAGAUGCAGGGUGGUGGAGAAGACGGAUGAUUUGAAGCUGAGACUUCCACUUUGUCGGUCCGCAUUCGCCAAGACAUCCAGUUUUGCACGGUUAGCAGCGCGUGACGGCAAUGAAGACAGUUUGGAAAGGUUGGGGAGGCUGGUAUCCGUGCGAAGCAACGCACGUAGCGAUGGCGCUGGCAUAGAAGGGGAUGCUAGCGAAGGUGGCCUGUUUGGGGGUUUGCUUGAGCCCAUAGCCCCCCGACAACCGAGUGACCCAGAUGAUUCUCUCUUUAACGCAGACUUCGCGCCGACGAUGCCAGCAGGCCGAAUUUUCACGGUCUGGGAUAUGGCCUGUCUGUGGAUAGGGUUAGUAGUCGGGGUGCCAACGUAUUAUAUGGCGGGGAGCUUGGUGGAGAUGGGGAUGUCAUGGUUGGAAGGUGUCCUCACCGUAUUUGUUGGGAAUGUGGUGGUUCUUGUUCCGUUGGUGCUCAGUGGUCACUCGGGAACGAAAUUCGGCGUUCCUUUUCCAGUGCUGGCGCGCGCUGCUUUCGGCAUCCGGGGUGCGAAUGUGCCGUCCUUGUUGCGCGCUUUUGUGGCCUGUGGGUGGUUCGGCAUCCAAACGUGGAUCGGAGGGCAAGCUAUAUACCAGUUGCUCAACGCGCUCUUCCAUGGGAGACUCGCAAGCAGCGUGCUGCCGUGGUUGGGUAUAAGUGCGUCAGAAUUUGGAUGCUUCAUGGUGUUUUGGCUGCUUCAGGUCGGGAUUGUUUCAAACGGGAUCGAAAGCAUUCGAGAGCUCGAAAAGCUGAGUGCUCCAAUUCUCAUAGCUCUGUCAGCUGCAUUACUAGCGUGGGCUUACGUUCAAGCAGGGGGAUUUGGGCCCAUGUUGUCACUUCCUUCUCAAUUCAUUACCGGAGGCCCUAAAGCAGGCCAGUUCUGGAAGACCUUUUUUCCAGCCUUGACAGCUAACGUCGGGUUCUGGGCUACGCUCAGCCUGAACAUCCCAGAUUUUACGCGGUACUCGAAGAGUCAGGUGGACCAGCUGACAGGCCAAGCGAUCGGACUGCCUCUAUUCAUGGCGGCUUUCACAUUUGUGGGCCUAGCCGUCACUUCGGCGACUGUGGUGAUUUUCGGGCAAGCCAUUUCGGAUCCCAUACAACUCCUAUCUCGCAUUGAUGGCUUCUUCCCGAUUCUUUUGUCACUCGUAGGGGUUAUAUUAGCCACUCUGACUACCAACAUCGCAGCCAAUGUGGUCGCUCCUGCCAACGCUCUCGUGAAUCUGAAUCCGUCCAUCUUCUCCUUUAAAACAGCCGGUCUCCUUGCCGCUGUGAUCGGAGUCUUGCUGCAGCCGUGGCGGCUGAUUCAGUCCAGUCAGGGGUUUAUCUUCACUUGGCUGAUAGGAUACUCGGCGUUGCUGGGACCUGUGGGAGGGAUCAUGUUGGUCGAUUACUUUGGAUGGCGAGGUCGGGCUCUAAACACUGACGAUCUCUUCUCUUGCGACAGAAGAGGUCAAUAUUGGUACACCAAUGGUUACAACAUUUCAGCUAUGUUGGCCCUUCUUGCAGGCAUUCUUCCCAACAUCCCUGGGUUUCUAGAGUCCGCAGGCAUGCUUCAGGGCUGCCCUCUCGUUUUCACUCUCAUCUACAGCAAUGCCUGGUUUGUGGGUUCCUUUGUAGCUGGACUUGUUUAUUGGACUUCGUCGAAAUGGCAAUUACAACGCUUGCGAGUGGCUAAUGUAUAAGCUCAUGUCUUGCUAUGGAAGCGUCGAGAUUUGCUCUCAUGGAAUGCACUUGUCAGGGGUUUCCUCUGCUGAAAUUCUUUGAGGAUAUUUAACAUUGGGACUGGAAGCUUUGUAUUUAUAUCAAAUUUACCAAGCAUUCAAUUAUUUUAUUUCCUUGUGGCGGCUAUGGUGUCUCCGCCUCCCUUACCUAUCAAGCGAAGGAAUUGUGCGAGGAGGAAUAAUGUUCUUUUAGGUGCCAACAAAGACUCUCUCGUUUAUCCGUCGGAUCAGCCAGGUAUUGAGUACCUCAUUUAUUUUUUUGCUUAUUAUCAACACCGAUUUGAAGACCUUGUCAAGUAUGAUGAUAUCAUCUACGUGUGAAAUAUUAUUCAAGUUUUGUAGACAUUUACAUUUCUCGGCAUGCUGUGUCCAGCCAGCUGCUCUUUUUAGCUCUGCACGUGCAUUGGGAACUGCACAGCAUCGAAGUACAGACAAAACAGAAAUUAUUUGAAUCUGUGUCAUCCUAGUUCUUGUCUUUUAGUUAGAAUUAUUGGUGGCCGAUUGAUGCUUACUCUUUCAGAGACUCUAGAUUGUGUGAAUUGACAAGAUCUGAAUUAGGUGCACGGUGCUAUCCUCCGUUUGGAUUAGUGAGCUGGGGUACAACUUGUAAGUAGGUUACUAUUAGAUAUUGUCCUUCAUGAAUGAUGCUGAUAACGAAAACUUCAUUGGAGUUCUACGUCACAGACUGGUGUCACCUGAUUCUUUGAAGGCGAGGGAUCACACAGCAGCGAGUCUCAUCAGACAUGGGUGCCAUCUUGGUAUACCUGUCUCUAAAAGUUGCAGAAUUUUCAUGGUGUGUGACGAUCUUGCAGCGCACGACGAUUGGGUGCCGAGUCGGUAUUCAAUUGCGAGAGGGCUGAAUGAAUGGGCAUGGCAGCUUCGGCUGUAUGUCCUUCCAACAGACUAUUGGCUGACUAUUUCCCAGCAAUCUCUUGCCUAGUCUGCCCUCAACCACUCCGGUUACUACGCUGUGAUGUAGCAAAACCUUCAUGUGCCGUAUCAGAGUUUUCAAUCAUUACUUCAAAGCAUUGUUAUUUUUUUAAUAAAAAUCGCUUGUACUCUGACAGAGUCAAUCCCACGAA